CCAUGGCUCCUCAGGCUAGGGAUACUGUCGUCAGCCACGUUUUGAUUAGGGAUAUUGUGUGAUAUACCGAACGGCACUAAAUGGGCUCCUCGCAGCCAUCCCUGGUUGCACCUCCACCUCCCGAGAGCCCUACUGAAACUCCGUAUCUCGCUGCUUUAGCACUCUCGUCUCCUGUCCUUUCCGUUACCGAUGAAGACUCUAGCGAGGACGGAUCAACUCUCCUGUCCCCAGCUGUCGCUUCCCCGUCCCCGCCGAUCUUCCGCGGCCGGUUCCGCACGCCGCUAUUUGGCUGCGUGGCGCUGGACGCGGUGCAGCGGGAAGUGCGCGGACGGCGGGAGCUGGCGGAGCGGAGAGCGGUGCAGGCGGAGGAUGAGCGGAGGCGGAAGCAGCAGGAAGGGAAGCAAACUGCAGCGCAAGACAGGCGGAGACAGGCACACGAAGGGGGGAAGCGAAUAGGGAUCAAUCAGCAGCAAGGAGCAGAAGCAGCAGCAGAGGGGGAGGAGUCACGCAUCAGCCACGAUCUCGCCAUGUUCGUUGGGGGACCGAUCUGGGCCCUUGAUUGGUGCCCCCUCCCCCGUUACAGUCACAUUCAGUACCUCGCCGUUGCCAGUCACCCCCACCUCCGCCCACUCUCCCCCAUCGGCCUUCCCCUGUCCGGACCAGCGCUGGUGCAGGUAGGGGGAGAGCGAGGAAGAGAGGAAGAGAGAGGUCCCCAGGCGCAGAUGGUGCUUGGAAUCACUCACCAUGGCGGGCUCACUCGCUGCGCCAGGUGGCGACCUCUGGUUGGUGGGCGAGAUUGCACCGGGGGGCCAGGAGGAGAUGGGGAUUAUCUUCAGUUGCUGGCGGUAGCGUUGGGAGAUGGCACUGUGGCAAUCUAUCACGUGACACUAGCUCAGCAAGACAACAGCCCACGCCAAAACAGCCGUCUCCAGCAACACCAUCACGACCACAUGCACCUGACGUCAUCCCUGCUACAGCCUGCGCCUCAUGGCCCUCUGUGCGCCCUGCAGCCCGUCUUUAAGUGGAAGUCCAACCCAGCACACGGCCCAACCAGACUUCCCUGCGAGCUCGCUUGGAAAGUGACUUCGGCCCCCGUGCUCUCCCCGUCAUCGUCAUCGUCACUAUCAUCAUCCUUCCCACGCCGCUCCAGCGAUCUGCUCGCUGCAGGCUUCCACGAUGGUUCCGUGUCUGUGUGGCGACUGCAGCUUGACCAUCUCACAGCAAAUGCCCCAGCAGUACCAUCAGCACUAUCAGCAUCCAAAACAGCGGCACCACCACCAGUGCCCAACGCACCAGCACCGUCAGCAUCCAAUCCAAUACUGACAUUCCGUGCUGACUCCGCUCUCAUUCGCUCCCUCACGUGGCUGCCUUCGCCCCUGCCCUCUCGUGACUUGGUUUCUUCGUCCCUCACGCCCUCAACCCCUGGCUCCACUCCUGCCGUGAGGGUGGGGGAAGUGGGGUCGAGGACCAGGAAGGAGGCAAGGAAUGGCAAGCAUCUAGGGAAGGAGGGAGGGCAGGGCGAAGAGGAUGAGGAAGAGGGGCUAGAGGACCAAGAAUCGGGCUUAGAGGACGAGGAGGAGGAUGGGAAAGAGGAGGUGGAUGAGGAGGAAGAGAGCACAGUGCUGAUUGUUGGAAGCCAGUCAGGCAUCUUGAAAUUCUGGGAUCUCAGGGACGUGUUUCAGCCAGCGUACGAGACGCCCACCAUCUCAAGGCACGGAGUGCUGCAACUAGACUUCUGCAGCCCGCUGCAGUGUGUGGUCCUGGCCAUGGAGGAUGGGUCUCUACGAGUCAUCUCCAUGCGCUCCUCGCCCUCCCACCACCCGGCACUGCAACACCUCCUCAAGCACCUGCCUGAGCAGCAGCAGCAGCAGCAGGGUGAGCCGCGCAAGGAGGAUCGCAGUAGCUGCAACCGGCGGUGGGUGGUGUCGGCACUAUCACAGCACACAGCAGCAGUGUGGGGCGCUGCUGCUUCGGAUGCCACAGGAUGUCUUGCCUUCAGUGCUGCCGAUGGGUUGGUCCGAUGCGUUCAGCUGAGCAACAACUUCCUCAUCAACCGCCAGAAGCGGAGCAAGCAAGUCGUAAUCACAGUGGGGGGGUUCAGGCAAAUCUUGCUGCCGCAUGCGCAAUCCGGCACGGAAGCUGCUACAGCUGACGCUACAGCAGAUGAGCACCACUUUGUAUUUUAUCGGGGCGAGUCAUGCGAGGAACAGGAAGGGGAGAUUGAGCAGAAGGGGAAGGGGAAACCGAAGAAGGGACACGUGGGUGGAGGGGAGGAGGUGGAGGAAGCAGGUGAGGAGCCUAGCCAGGGGGUAGACAAUGGAACGGGAGUUGUCUCUGGCGGUGUGCUGGGGUGCAAAGCCAUUGCUAUGCACAGAGUGGCAUGGAAUGCAAACCGAGGGUUUCGGCGCUGGCUGGCCAAUGGAGGUGCUAACGGGGUGCUCAGAUGCCAACUAUUUCACCAGUCGCCUGUUUAGCAGAAUGGAUAAAGCGUCAUUUUGUGCAUGGUGGAAUGCAGGUGGAUGUGUUACAAGAUAUGCAGAUUGUACGAGGAGUUGGAUAAUAGAGGUUUGAUUCCAAAAUAAUGUGGUACCACCUCUUUUGUAACUACUUGAUUUUUGUAAGGUGGGAUAAUGUGCAGUGUACCU